AUGGCAGUGGACAAUACAACAAGUAACAACGAAAUAGGAACUCUUCCAUUCUUAGAUCUCGGAAACAUAUAUCCGAUUGACUACGCCGGUCCUAUAUAUGGGUAUUUGUCACCAAUUGUCAUUUGUUUGACUGUGAUUACAAAUUCAUUUGCCUGUGUUGUUCUCAUGCAGAAAAACAUGCGUUCUCCGACGAAUAUAAUUCUCGCAGGACUGGCUAUAUCUGACAUGUGCACUGGGAUAUUUCUUUUGCCUUUGUACAUCUAUUUUUACUCCUUCGAACACUAUUUGGAAAAGGUACCGAUUGACUGGUGUGUCAUAUACUUUAAUUUUGGAUUAAAUAUUCCAGUCAUUUUCCAUACAACAUCCGUAUGGCUGACAGUGACACUGGCUAUUCAUAGAUAUGUGUAUGUAUGUAGUUCUUCAAACGUUCGACAAAAUUGCACGAUGCGAAACAUUGCUAUUGUCAUUCUGAUAGUCUUUUGUAUGUCUAUUAUAUGUAAUUGUUCAAGUUUUGUAGAAGACGACAUUAUUCAAGUAGAUGCCCCGUCUAACAUUAACCCGAAUGACACUAUAAGAACAUGUACUGUAGGUGUGAAACCAUGGUUGUAUGGGUAUGUCGACAUUUAUUAUAGUUUAAGGUUCUUGUUCCGGGCUAUUUUCAUACAGUUAAUACCAUGUACGGUUUUACUUGUUAUGAAUGUUCUGCUGACAUUAAAAAUCACAAAGGCCAAUAGAAGAAGAAGACAAAUGGUGUCAAAAAAUAGAAGCAGUGAGUCCAUAAACAGGACUAACCAAAUGCUGAUUAUUGUUGUAGCAGUUUUUCUGAUUGCUGAAUUACCGACUGGGAUAAUAUUUAUACUUCAAUUUAUCCAAAAUACAUUCGAAAAUAUUUUCUUUUUUAAUACAGAAGAAGCUGUACUUGUAUCCAUACUAGCAAAUUUCUUUAUUUUUUUAAGUUUUCCAAUUAACUUUUUUAUUUACUGUGGAAUGAGUACGCAAUUUCGGAAAACUUUUAAGAAAACAAUUAAACGUAACUGA